AUGACCAGUCUUGAACUCGGUCGUGUGUCGGUACAAAAAAACGCUUUUGAAGUUGUUCGUCAAGAGAUUGAUCAACGGCUGUUACCUCUUUUAGCAUCUGUCGCAGGUACAGAAGAUGAGAUCUUGGAUAUACAAGAUGUUUUUAAAAGAUUUUCGUUUGAUAGUAUUUGCAGAGUUUCAUUUGGUUUGGACCCAAAAUGUCUUGAUCUGUCCCUCCCCAUAACAAAAUUUGCCGCCGCCUUCGACCUAGCAUCAAAACUGUCAGCCGAAAGAGCCAUGACUGCGUCGCCACUUCUUUGGAAGAUGAAGAGAUUGUUUAAUAUUGGAAGCGAGAGAAAACUCAAGCAGGCAAUCAAUAUAAUCAAUAUGUUAGCGCAGGAAGUCAUUAGGCAACGGCGAAAAUUCAGGUUUUCCGAGGAGAAAGAUCUUCUGUCAAGAUUUAUGGGUACCGUUACUGAUGAAAAGUACCUUAGGGAUGUUGUGAUUAGUUUCCUUUUGGCUGGCCGUGACACAGUGGCGUCUGCCUUGACGAGUUUUUUCUGGUUGAUGGCAAAGCACCCCGAGGUGGAAGCCGCUAUUCUGGUCGAGGCUGAUCGAGUAAUUGGCGAAAACAAAGAACUCACAAGCUACAAAAAACUCAAGGAACUUCACUAUUUGCAUGCUGCAGUAUAUGAGAGCAUGAGAUUGUAUCCACCAAUCCAAUUUGAUUCAAAAUUCUGUUUAGAAGAUGAUCUUUUGCCUGAUGGUACUUCUGUGAAAAAGGGCACUAGGGUUACUUACCAUCCCUAUGCAAUGGGCAGAAUGGAAGAGAUUUGGGGGUCGGAUUGCACGGAAUUCAAGCCAGAAAGAUGGUUGAAGAACGACGGCCUUUUCUUUCAAGAAAACCCUUUUAAGUACCCAGUUUUUCAAGCUGGAGUUAGGCCCAACCGCAGCCCACUCCCCGUUUCUCUCCCGGCCUCACUGCCACUUUUCGGGGUGGUGUACCAGUCUUGGUCCGACCACGUAGAGCGCCAUCCUAGUACACUUCGAGAAUUACACAGAGAGCAUGUUCAGCACACGUUACUACACAGCCGAACGAUGAAGGUCAAGAUUCGUAGGAAAACACUGGGGGCAUUCACAAAAGAUAUGGAAAGAGUCAAUUUCCUGAUAUUAAAUUAA